CGCGCCCAGUAGAGGCUAUAAAAACUGCGUUUUUCUACUUUCGUCUGUCCUUUUUAACUGUAUAGAUACAGGCCUUUUGCCAUGUCUGGGCGUGGUAAGCAGGGAGGCAAAGCUCGCGCCAAGGCCAAGACCCGCUCUUCUCGGGCCGGGCUUCAGUUUCCCGUGGGCCGAGUGCACCGCCUGCUCCGCAAGGGCAACUAUGCCGAGCGGGUCGGGGCUGGGGCACCGGUGUACCUGGCUGCGGUGCUGGAGUACCUGACCGCCGAGAUCCUGGAGCUGGCUGGCAACGCGGCCCGCGACAACAAGAAGACUCGCAUCAUCCCGCGUCACCUCCAGCUGGCCAUCCGCAACGACGAGGAGCUCAACAAACUGCUGGGCAAAGUCACCAUCGCACAGGGUGGUGUUCUGCCCAACAUCCAGGCCGUGCUGCUGCCAAAGAAGACCGAGAGCCACCACAAGGCGAAGGGCAAGUAGAACGCUGGAUUAGUUUGCAGCAACUCAAUCCCAACGGAACCAAAGGCUCUUUUCAGAGCCACCUACAAUUUUGUGGAAGAACUGAGCACUACUUUUAAUAUGAUUUCUCGUCUUCGUCUACUAGUAAACCACUCCAAAGGUUAACGUACAUCAGUCUUCGGUGACUUGGUUAGGUAGUGGCAAUCUCAUUAGCUUUUUAAAAAGCCUGGAUAACGUUAAAAGUAUUAAACCGCCUUCAUCUUAAGCUUAACACAAGAAGAUUUGGUUUUUCUUAAUUUGGCAUUGUCCAAGUUUAUUAUUCUAUAUGGUUCACUGUCGGGUUUUACUGACACUCCACCAUUUUUAGAUUGUUGGAAGCAAACAUGACUGCUUUGGGGCCAAAUGCAUUCUUGG